GAUCCUGCUCACGUGUAUAGCCUGCCUGUCUUGUUAUUCCGUCCAUCUGCUGCUGCGCAGUGCCGGAGUCAUCGGUAUUCGAGCUUACGAGCAGCUCGGGCUGAGAGCUUUCGGUCAUCCAGGAAAAAUCAUCGCUGCCGUGGUCAUAACGCUGCACAACAUUGGAGCCAUGUCCAGCUACCUGUUCAUCGUGAAGUACGAGCUCCCGCUGGUCAUCCAGGCCUUCCUCGGCCAAACUUCAGCCUCUGAGAACUGGUUCAUGAAUGGAAAUUAUCUCAUCAUUAUCGUGACGAUCUGCAUCAUCCUCCCGCUGGCCAUGAUGAAACACCUGGGAUAUCUGGGCUACACCAGUGGCUUUUCACUCUCCUGCAUGGUCUUCUUCCUGUCUGCAGUGAGUUGUCCCCAAACCUUCAUCUCACACUGA